UUCAGGAAUGUUGCAUUGAAGGUGGAUAAUAAUGCAUUGAUUCGAUCACAAUUGCCACAGUAAAGGGAAACAGGGGAAACUCUAGAAAGUUGAGAAAUUCAAUCUCGUGCUUCUUUUUCUCAGGGAGCUGAUAUUUUUUCUGCACUUUCCGCGUCAGUCCCCACAUUGCUCAACCACAACUGUCACGUGCAAUAGAUCCGUCUGAGGAACUUUCAUUUACAGGAAAUCACCAAGCGAAAGACAUCAACAUGGGACUUGGAGUUGGAAUUGGUGGAUUCAUUACAUUCUUGACGUUAGCCUCUUGUUUUGGAGACAUUACAAAGGUUGACACCAGUGGGGCCUCAGAGAUAACCGCUAGACAAGACAAGCUAACUGUCCAAGGGGUGGAUGCCUCUCAUAAACUGGCUGAGCAUGACCUGGUGAGGAUGAACAAGUACAAGAACCUCAUCACCAAGGUGGGGCAGAAGCAUGGCCUGGACCCAGCUAUCAUCGCUGGCAUCAUCUCCAGAGAGUCCCGGGCUGGGGCAGUGCUGGACCAUGGCUGGGGAGAUCAUGGAAAUGGCUUUGGGCUCAUGCAGGUUGACAAGCGCUACCACAAGAUAGUGGGGACAUGGGACAGUGAGGAGCAUAUCAGUCAAGGCAGUGAGAUUCUCAAUGAGUUUAUCCGAAGGAUCCAGGCUAAAUUCCCUGCGUGGCCCAAGGAGCACCAGCUGAAAGGGGGAAUUUCAGCCUACAAUGCUGGGGACAAAAAUGUCCGCACCUAUGAGCGAAUGGACGUGGGCACCACUGGGGGUGACUAUUCCAAUGAUGUUGUUGCCAGAUCUCAAUGGUUCAAAAGACAGGGUUAUUGAAGACUCUCUUCAUUAUAUUACUCCAGUCUUUGAUUCUACCUAUGGUGAAAAUAUUCAGUACGUGUUUUGGAAUAAAUCAAAGCAAUAAAAUUACUGAUCUGAAUAAAUCAAAGCAGUAAAAUGUCUUCUAUUUUCUGAAUAAAUCAAAGCAGUGAAAUGUCUUCUAUUUUCUGAAUAAAUCAAAGCAGUGAAAUACAUUCUAUUUUCUAAAUACAUGAAAUGAAUGUCA